UGUCUUGGUUUUAAUUGAAAAACUGCCGGCCCCCUCCCAGGCAUAAAACAUCUUUGUGUCGAGCUUUCUAGAUCGGCUGAACUUAUUCUAUAUCAGCUGGCGCAGUGACUGAAAGAAAGACAAGCCAGCAGAGGAACUGUACUGAAAGCAGCUCACAGAAACUUAGAUCCACUAUACAAAGUUAAAAAGUUUCUUGUCAGGCGAAAAUGAAAGACCAAAUCCACGUGAUCAUCACUCUGUUAUCAUGCAUCACUCACGUGAUCAGUGAGUUCCAAUGUCAAGGCACCUGCUAUUCGGUAUCUUUCCCAAAGAACAAUCAAGUCAUCAGGGGAAAAUAUCUCAGAGGAUACUCCUACAAGAACAUUACCACUGAUGUUCCACGCACGUGCUUCUCGUCCUGUAUCAAUGACUGUCGUUGUAAGGCGUUCCAGAUGAAAGAUGUCAGGUGUGAGUUGCUGGAUGAGGACAAGGCUUCCAAGGCAGAAGGCUUUGUAGAUGAGACAGGAUACGUGUACUAUGAUCUACUGCAGACAUCCUAUAAAGAGGUGGUUACCGAUUGGCCUGAUGUAUCAUGCAUUCAUUGCAGAAAUCUCUUGCGGGUGUAUGUUAUAAUUGGUUGCUGUAGAAAUCAGCCUUGUAUGAACKGAGGAACCUGUGUAGAACAUUGYGAGAAMCCAAWARUCAAGUUCAGCUGCAAGUGUCCUAAUACCCACUCUGGAAAAGUCUGUGAGAAAAAGAUUGAGUCUUGUAUUGAUGUGUUGAAAGKAACUGCACCAGGUUYCAUGCCAGCAAAUGGUACCUACAUUAUCACCCGUAAUGAUACCAAGACUACCGUACCCGUCUAUUGUGCUUUUGARAGUCCAAACCAGCCYUGGACUCUCAUCGAGUCAUUUGCUCUUGCUAACAAUGAGCAUUACCAGAAAAAAGCCUUUUUUCAGGAUGUUCCCAGAAAUMAUCUCAAACCAAGCUGGGACGACUACCGUCUGUCGUUGAGCGAUAUGCAGUACUUACAAAACAAAGCCUCCCAGUUUAGAGCCACGUGUGACUAUGAAAAAAGCCGAUCAUCUCUGAUCCCUGAUCUUCUAAUUGGUUACAAAAGAGAUCUUGACAUCAUUUUCUAUGAGGGKAGUGGAUCUUGUUUCAAUUUUUCUUACAUUAAUCUGAGAGGAAAUGAGUUUUCUUCGACCAAAGCACCAGUAUAUCAAAAAAGGGAUAAGUUGCAUUUACAUCUGGACGUCUCUCGUGGUUUAUGUGGAUUUACUGUGCCUGGCACAAUAUCUAGCGAGGACCUCUUCAGAGUAUAUAGUAAGGUAAACCCCAUCUCGAAAUGCACUGCAACACCACAGUCUACCACACAGUGGUGGUUAGGACAACAGCAAUAGGGUAAUUUUGGAAAUUCACUUAAUUUCACUUCAUUAUAGGAUGAUAACAGUCUGAUAAUUUUUGAUAAAAGAAUAGAUCAAUUAGUGCGAAAGCGYUAGACAAAGCACGAAGAGCUUGACGUUAUGACGUCACGGAGGAUUCCGCUGAGGUAUUGCUGGCUCACAAGAURCACAUAGAGRUSAACUAGACGCGCAUUWAAAAAUUUUGGAGAUUUUCCCUGUWAAGUGCAUUUUCAAGUUUAUUUCCAUUUGAUGUAGUUUGUUCUCAAAAUGGGUCAUUUUGGAGACUCAGUCGUCUUAAAGGGGCCUGUCAUUCUAGCAUGGUCGCACGAAUUUGGGGACAUUUUUCCGACUGCCAAUACUAUUACAUUCAAUAUUGUGCACAYAACGCUCAACUCACAUGUCGAUUUUUACACGGAGGGAGGAAACCGGAGAAAACCCUUGUAGCAUAGGAGAGAACAAUACAUUAAAAGAAUUCAAUWCACAUAUCGUGCCCAUAGUGUUCGAGCACAGUUUGGACUGAACUACGAUGGUGAAAGACAACGAGUUAGCAGUACACACUACCCCUGCUUCCAUGUGAUAUAGCUGAACCCUCAGUCAAUUUGCUUGUAUGCAAUUAUUUACGUGUUUAGAUUCCUYCUAACUCCGCGCCCCAUACUUCAGUUGUUCUCUGAUCCACCCUUGGCCAUGGUAUUUAUAUUUUUUCUUCAAUUGUUGUAAAUAUAUUUACGACAAUUGGUAAAAUGAAUUCCUUUCUUCGUUUGCAUUCCUUAAUUCUUCCUUCUUCUKUCCAAAUGUCCGUUUUUUCCUUCCUUCCAUUAUAUUCCUCGCAUUAUAUUCCUGGUUUUCAAUCAUUCAUCAGCCAUAUUGGUUUGUAUGACAAACCUCUAGAGGAAUGAACAGCUAUAAGCUCUCGGGAUACCAUCAUUAUUCCUUUCGUAUCUUUUGGGAUACUCAUGAAUUUUUGAAAGACCAAUUAAACAAAAGAAAAUGGAGUUUUGUCACUGAAUUGGGAAAACAUUGUUACGCCACGAAUAAGGUAUAUUCAUUGACAGUGGCCCAUAUAGGACGUUUCAAGUGGCGAUGGCGUCAUUGACCUCUACUACCAGACUCCCUUGCGCACUUUCUUUUGUUCAGUUA